GGGAAAUCGACCAUCUCGAGCAUAGUAUUACGCAAGCAGAGCAGAAAGCUAACUCCGCUAAAUGAUCAGUGUGAGACCUAUUUUGCUGACCUUGCGAAAGGAGGCAUACAUGCAUACACACAUACAUACAAGUAAGAGAGUGGUACCUUACGAGCUUCUGCAUUUGAACUUCUUUAUUUACAUAUAUGUAUUCGACCGACGACAGUAACCCGUGUGGAUCCUCGCCCGUAAUCUAAAGCUCAUCCUAAAGGCAAAAAAGAGCCCUUGUCGGCUUGGGGUGUUUCCAGUUGUGUCGGUGACGACAGGCUUGCUCCUUAUUAGAGGUUUCGUCCGUUCAUGUGAACCAAACUUUUGAAGCCAUCCUUCGAAUCCCCACCUUACCGCUAUUCCCGAUUGUCACCUCUUUAUCGUGAGCAAUAAAUAUAUGUGGCCGACGCCUUGCGCCUUUGGAGGGAAAGAAUAUUGAAUCUGUGGAUGACGGCAGGUCAACACUACAAUGGAGUCACAAUCUAUCGCGCCCGACUGUAUUACACUUAGUAAUACGAUUAUCACAGCUAACACUAUACUAAAUGGAUUCGUGCGCGAGGUACGAGAGGCGCGAUCCGAUGUAGAUGGAGUAUCGCGCGAGUUGCACUCGCUGCAAAGUGUCUUAGACCUUCUAAACGAGGAUGCUGGUUUAUUCCCUCCCGAGUUGGCAGAACGAAUUCCUGCUGUCCUCGAACAUUGCUCUAAACUGGUCAACGAACUAGACACGAGCAUAUCCAGCCUUAACAGCAAUGAGCUAUCGCGGCAAGAUAAAAGAUCACAGUGGCUGGCUACUGGGAGACAAGAAGUUGCAAGAUUCCGAACUGCUUUAGAGGCACAUAAAGCUGUCCUAGGUCUAGCCUUGGAUUUAGCCGGGGCAACCACAAUUCGGGAUGUUACCUCAGACAUAGAGCCUAAUAGGCGAAAUACGAUAGAGAGACACCAGAACAGCGCCGCCGUUAUGGAGGAUGUCUCACGAGUUCUAGUCGAGAUGAACCAAUUACGGAUGCGACUGCCAGGGGAGUUUGGGAAGAACGAGACAGAAUUCAGUCUUUAUGACUAUAUGACCUGUCUGAAGUCAUACGCGGAGAAGAUCAUCAGUGUUAAGGAGAACGAGCAUGAAGUUGAGCAGAGCAUCAAAGAAGUCGACGAAACGACGGACCAGGGUGCAUUUAUGGGCGACCAAAAACUAUUCGGAGCUUACAUCGGAGACAAGCCGGACAGCGCGAUCGAUGUCAGCGUUCCGCCGGCAUCUAAAUCACGCAACAAUGCGCAAGUAUACCCUGAAGAUGAGAAAAUUCCUACUGUUGAAGAAUUGAUGGCCAGCUUCGUGGGCAUUCCCAGCCGACCACCGACUCCGCCGCCAAAGGAUAGCAAGAGACGCGAGCUUGCCCGAAGUCUCAUGGUGUCCCCACUCGAGGCCACUCCGGGUUAUCCGAAUAAUUCUUACGGCGUCGUUGCUGAGGUCGUUGCUCAAGGACCGCCAGCGGAGUCGGCGUCCUGCAUGACGAAAGCCAGGGGGUUUGGGAAAUUUUUUACGCCUUUUAAGCAUUCAAUUUCAGAGGCCAGACCUCAAACACGAUCAACGACUUCGACUGACGCCACGGAUAUGCAACCCGCAACUCCAAUCAUCCAAGCUAGCCUUGUUAGAAGAGGCAGUCAUAGAUUAUCAGUAUCUUUUAGAAAGCUGCCGAUGUGGAGCUCAGAACUGAUCAUGAAUGAGUCCGAAGAUACAACGCCCAGCGCGGUCUUCGGCGUCUCGAUCCAGAAAAGCAUGCAGGUUGCUAAAGGAACCUCUAAGACUCACCACUCGGGCCAUGGAGGGUCAUCGCGAAGAGAUUUCCCUCUGUGUAUGCAAAAGUGCUGCUUCUUUUUGAAGAACGAAGGAGUUGAAGCUCCAGAUAUCUUCGCCGAGCCAGGUGAUAGCUAUAGAGUAGAGAAGUUAAAGGACAUCUUCAGCAGUGGUCCGACAUACGGCGAAGAUGUCAACUGGACCAAUUUUGGCGUAUACGAUGCCGCGGACCUUAUCCUACUCUUCCUGUCGCAACUCCCGAAACCGCUGAUUGCAGAGCAUAUAGCUAAACAGUGGAUCGCACUCUCGAGACAGGCAAUGCUCUCGGGAUCUCAUGGUACCCGGCUUGAUCAAUGUAUUGAUUUCUGGGAGGAAGCACUCGGCGGUCUCCGCGGACCAAGCCGUACUCUGUUCAAGUUGCUUCUUAACUUGUGGGCUGAUAUUGCACAAGCAGAAGAGAAAAACGACAUGACAGCUGAACGACUAGCCAGUGUCCUUAUCAAGCCCCUAAUGCACAUAACUUCUACGAAAUACGAGACUGACUUCAUGCUAUCUCUCGCUUUCCUUAUUCGAAGAAGAGUGGAAUAUACCGAGUUGCUGAGAAAAGACCAAGCAGACGUCAAAAGGAUUAGUAGGGCGGCAUGGUGAUGCAACAACCGAUUAUAUAUCUUGACAUGGGCGUUCCGAGCAUAUCGAAUUUCGCUUUACGGCUCUUUUCCUGAUUUUCAUCACGACCUUUUUCUAACAGUUCGCCUACUCGAUAUUGAAUAUUUCGCAUAGGAAGAUACCCGGCGCAUUUUUUAUACAUGUUAUAUUUCAAGACGCCUUACAAUUUAUUUUGUCUCGUAUUGAAGCAGAGUCUUCGAGACAUCGGCCAAAUUACAUAGGUAAUUAUAAAGAAUAAAGAAUAAAGAAGCUUGAAGGAAUUUUCGGCCGCAGCAGUGGAGAGACGGUGGAGACGCGCCUUGCUUCUAGGCGAAGAAGGGAGGGGGAGGCUGGGAUGAUACGCGAGACCUAAGACAUACAUAUAUGAUAUCAACUAUAUAUAUAUAUAUUUGAGUCGACAAGCAAGCAGGCAAAGAUUUCCCAUCUCGAGUGGAGAAUUAUAUAUAUUUUGUCAAAGGCAAUGCUGUCUUGUGGAUCUGCUGGAUUUCAAACAUGUCUGUUGAUAAUACCAAGCAAGCUACCUAGCUAGCUGUGAGACGGUUCCUCUCAAUUUACCUAGUUUCACGCCAAGUCAUUCAUGGCCAACAUAGAAUACAUACCUAGAAUAAGAUCAAAAUACAUAAG